AUGCCUCCAAGUAUUCCCAACACUCCGAUCGUCAACAACAACGGCGACCACAGCGGGGCGACUGCAGGACAGCAAACAACCACAAAUGCGCCCCCCACGGUCCUGGACACUCAGCCAGGCCCACAUCAUGACUGGAAAAUCACACUACGGGGCAAGGUCAUUGCCAUUACCGGUGCCAACAGAGGCAUUGGCCUAGCCCUUGCAGAGGUCUGUUUAGCCAACGAUGCGGCAGCCAUUUUCAGUCUGGAUGUCUUCGAACCCGGUGAGGAGUUUGCUGCUCUGCAAAAGGCCCAUGUCAAGCGACUGCACUAUGUCCACUGUGAUGUGACCUCUGAAGACAGCGUCAACUCUGCAAUCGAUGCUGUGAUCGCCACGCAAGGUGCUAUACACGGGUUUAUCGCAAAUGCUGGAAUGACGAAGCACCAACCCGCUUUGGACUUCACACGCGCCCAGCUGGACCAAUUGUUUAAUCUCAAUGUAUUUGGCGCCUACUUCUGCGCUACUACGGUGGCCCGUCGGUUUAUUGAUCUGGGUAUCAAAGGAUCCAUCGUUUUCACUGCAUCCAUGACGUCCUACCGACCCAACCGCGCCGCGCCUUCGGCUCCCUAUGGGGCUACAAAGGGCGCAGUGCGGAAUAUGACGCAUACACUUGCCAUGGAGUGGGCAAAGCAUGGCAUCCGCGUCAACUCAAUCUCACCUGGCUUCAUUAAAACUGCCAUGACGUACUUUGUUGAUCAAGCUCCAGACUGGGAUCUCAAAAUGCAAUACUACGGCGGCAUGCCCAGGUUAGCUGACCCCAAGGAGCUCGGCGGAGCUUACGUAUACCUACUUUCUGAUGGUGCGUCUUACACGACCGGUAUUGAUAUCCCAGUGGCUGGUAUUGUUGGUGCGUGGUAG